CUGAGUGAACAGUUGAUAGCCGAGGCCAUGCUGCCAGGACUACGUUGUCUCAAGAUGGACAUGGAGGCCAUCGCCGCUGGACACCAGGAGGUCGUGUCUGCCAUGAUACGGGACUAUCAGAAUAAGCUGGAGGCGAGGUUUGUUGUAUAGAGAGAUAUUAUGUUUUAGCCUUUCCUUCCCCAACCCAAUAGGUUUUAUUCAGUACCAUAUAGCAGUGUUUCUCAAACGGUGGUUCGCGGACCGGCGCCGGUCCUCAAGCCUUACGUUGGCGUUCUGCGCAACAUGAAUAGUUAUAAUAUGUUGAAUAGAGAAGAAAAUGUAAUUAAUAGAUCUGGCACCGGUCCCUGGUGCAAUGUCAAAACGUGGCGAAACUUAAAAGUUUGAGAAACGCUGUCAUUGGGUAGAUAUCAUCUCUGUUUUAUCGUGUGGGGCAAUUUUUGUAAGGUGCAACAUUAAAGGUGUUGACAGUGUGAUGAGUGAGUGAUGGAUGUUGUCCCCAAUUUUUGGCUCCAGUGUGAUGAAUGAGUGAUGGAUGUUGUCACCUAUAUUUGGCUCCAGUGUGAUGAAUGAGCGAUGGAUGUUGUCACCUAUAUUUGGCUCCAGUGUGAUAAAUGAGUGAUGGAUGUUGUCACCUAUAUUUGGCUCCAGUGUGAUGAAUGAGUGAUGGAUGUUGUCACCUAUAAUUGGCUCCAGUAAUGAUGAAUGAGUGAUGGAUGUUGUCACCUAUAUUUGGCUCCAGUGUGAUGAAUGAGUGAUGGAUGUUGUCACCUAUAUUUGCCUCCAGUAUGAUGAAUGAGUGAUGGAUGUUGUCACCUAUAUUUGGCUCCAGUAUGAUGAAUGAGUGAUGGAUGUUGUCACCUAUAUUUGGCUCCAGUAUGAUGAAUGAGUGAUGGAUGUUGUCACCUAUAUUUGGCUCCAGUAUGAUGAAUGAGUGAUGGAUGUUGUCACCUAUAUUUGGCUCCAGUAUGAUGAAUGAGUGAUGGAUGUUGUCACCUAUAUUUGGCUCCAGUGUGAUGAAUGAGUGAUGGAUGUUGUCACCUAUAUUUGGCUCCUGUGUGAUGAAUGAGUGAUGGAUGUUGUCACCUAUAUUUGGCUCCAGUGUGAUGAAUGAGUGAUGGAUGUUGUCACCUAUAUUUGGCUUCAGUGUGAUGCAUGAGUGAUGGAUGUUGUCACCUAUAUUUGGCUCCAGUAUGAUGAAUGAGUGAUGGAUGUUGUCACCUAUAUUUGGCUCCAGUAUGAUGAAUGAGUGAUGGAUGUUGUCACCUAUAUUUGGCUCCAGUGUGAUGAAUGAGUGAUGGAUGUUGUCACCUAUAUUUGGCUCCAGUAUGAUGAAUGAGUGAUGGAUGUUGUCACCUAUAUUUGGCUCCAGUGUGAUGACUGAGUGAUGGAUGUUGUCACCUAUAUUUGGCUCCAGUGUGAUGACUGAGUGAUGGAUGUUGUCACCUAUAUUUGCUCCUGUUUAUCCUGCGUCACUGUAACUGCGCCACGGGUGCCCUACAUUGAUGACAUCAGGUGACCAGUUAGCGAGAGAAUGAUUAGUUCCUAAGAGACUCGCCACAUAUUUCAAUGCAAGUCGGGACACACACACACACAAAACCCCCAAUAAACGAAUAUGUCCAGUUCAUACCCCAGGUGCUACUAACUUUCUGAAUGAGAUUUUUUUUCGCUUUAGAACAAUGGGAAUAUUCGGCGUCAUUGUGUAGUAGUUUUAUUAGGCUUUCGUUGGCUUUAUUCAGCAGAUGUUUUUUUAAAAAGGUGGGGUUGGGGGUGGGGGGGCAUGCUGGAAGGAAGUCGAACAACUGGGGGUUAAAAUAUGCGAUUCUCUCCCUUUCUAAAUAAAUAAUUUCUGAUGCAAUAAUCUAGCACAUUAUUUUAUUAUAUUUUGUCUUUGGGAAUUCCUGUUGACAAAUUAAAAAAAAAAUUGCAGUUAAAUGCAAUGGCCCAUUUUAAUUGAUUUUAACAUCGCAGUAAUAAUUCCGUUACGUCUAGGUAUAUGCAAGUGUAAAAGUAAAAUAAGAAUUUAUUGACAAAUCUUUUAGGAAAAAUUCAUCAUAGAAGCUCUUUAAAAAAUAAAUAACUCGAAUAAUAAAUGUUUCUCCCUAAACACUUUAAAAAAAACCCACACAUUUUAAAAAAUUGGCCCAUAAUCCAGCAUUAUCAACAAAUAGAUUUUUGUUUUGUUAUAUAGUUGAUCCUCUGUGUAUCGUGGCAGUUUUCAACUGCUCAUAGCAAGCUGCGGACCAGUGCUUGUAAAUGUGUUGUUUUGUUGUUAUAAUUAUGAAAAGAUCUUCAAUUAUAUUUCAUCGAGUUUAAUUCACACACUAUGUCAAUGUAUGUGUUACUAAAAAAUAUAUAUUCACUAGCAGAGAUCACAGAGUGGUAAAAUAUAACAUUAGAUUAUACCGUGCUAAUAUAACGGAUUAAACGGUACUCAGGGGUCUAAUUAGAGAUUAUCUUCCAUUGCAGAACUUUGCCGGCCGGACCAGUUGAUGACGUCAAGACGUCUGUCAUUUCCAAGAUUAAAGACACAACCUCAAAGGCGAACAUUAGCAACAUUUUCACCAGGAAGAAAUAG